UUGGCAAGAAACGUUUAGAGAAAGAGAAGAGUUUUUUGUUUGUUUGUUUUUAUGGGGGAGAAAUUGUUCUCGGAUAGUUUCUCUUUAAUGUUCUGGUUUGUUCUGAAUGUGAUUUCAUGACGUCACUCAUUCGAUAGUGACAUGAAUUUAGAGGUGCAGGCAUAAACAAAAUAAAAUGCACUUUCAACCAACGUUGUGAAACAAAAUAUUAGGCCUAUAGUAAAAGGAAAAUCAGAAUGAAAUUGAAAUAGUACGGGAUACUUGUGAUGGAACAAAUAGGACAAGCUCCAGCCUGGCUAACUACUGGAAUGUUCUGGAUAAUAUGGAUAAUAGUUUGUUUUUUUAACUGCUCAUUCAAAGCAUUCUUAUCUUAUCAAGUGCUUACAUAUUGACCACAUGAAGACUAUUGCGUGAGAUUCAGUUCCUUAUCAAGUGGCUCAUGUUUAGAGUUUUCAGUUGUGCAAGUGUAUUUCAUUUUUUUUUGCCAACAAUAAGACCAAUGAAAAAAAAAAGAGUAAAUUACCUAUCAACCCAAUACUUUCUGACAACUAAGUAAAUUUAUAUGAAAAAAACUGAUGUAUUCGUAGUCUCAAUGUUCCCUUCAUAAAACUGCAUCAGAUUAUGUAAACAUUGACAUUAACACAUAUUUUCUUGAAAAAGCUUCAGGUCUAGUUCUGAUUAGUCUGUUUGUCUGCUGGAGAUGUUCUCGUGCCAAUGCUGGAGAAUGUCUGCAAUGGAAGCAUCAUAACAUCACAUCUUCAAAACAGUCAUGUGACCAGCGUUGUUAACGCCACAGGGCGCUAUGAACAACACCUGUAACUAUUCCACCUGCUACAACGUUGGGCUCUUGCUCCCUAUCCUGAACGAGUCCACCUGGUCAGUGGGCGCCAGGAUAUUCUUCUACGUUAUUGGCAUGCUGUGGUGCUUCCUGGGAUUGACCAUCGUGUCGGACUCGUUCAUGUGCGGUAUUGAGUGCAUCACAAGUAAGACAAAGACAGUCACAGUGGCGAAGUCUGGGGGCGAGGGUUUCCAGCAGAUUGAGGUGAAAGUCUGGAACGACACGGUGGCCAACCUCACGUUACUUGCCUUCGGCACCAGUGCACCAGAGAUCCUCCUUAACGUCAUCGAGAUAUGCGGGCAGAAUUUCGUUGCUGGGGACCUGGGUCCAGGGACGAUUGUUGGAUCAGCGGCCUUCAACUUGUUUAUCAUCACCUCCUUAAGUAUCACUUGUAUACCAGACGGCGAGACCAGGAAAAUCAAAGACAUGCACGUGUUUGCCUUGACCAGCAUCUCUGGCAUCCUGGCUUACGUCUGGCUCAUCCUUGUUCUUCUGGUAAUAUCUCCCAAUGUUGUGGAUCUGUGGGAGGCCAUCUUGACCUUUAUGAUGUUCCCGGUACUUAUUGUUAGUGCCUACGCUGCCGACAGAGGUCUCUGGUGCCGGCCCAGGAACAAAACUUCUGCUCAAAUUGAAAUAGCUUUAGAGGCUAGUAAACGCAAGUCAUAUAGUAGUGAUACAGACAUAAUAGAUGUGGCCAGAAAGCUGGCCAGAGACAAAUCAAUCAACGAAGACGACGUAGCCCAAGCCAUGGCUGCCCAGAUUGACAGCACGAGGCCCAAGACCAGUAGCUGGUACAGAGUUAAUGCCAGUCGAAUGAUGUCCGGUGGACAAAAGUUGGUGGUGAAACCCAAGAAAAGCGCUACGGAGCUGCUGGAGAAAGUCCAUGCUGGAUCUUCCGAUUUAUCUCGGCUCAAUGAUCAUCUCGCCAAUGGAGUCAACGGUGCUGUUUCGUCUAGAGACGUCAAUCUACAACCCAAGAAAUCUGUCAUAGAGUUUACUUCCGCUUCUUGCAGUGUCCUGGAGAAUGAGGGAAUGGUCAGAAUUGGAGUGAGACGGACAGGGGACUUAAGCAGACAAGUGACCAUUGGAGUGGAGACUCUCGAUGGCACAGCUCUAGCUGGGCAAGACUACAAGCCCACCAAGCAGCUGAUGAUAUUCGCAGCUGGAGAAAGCAAGAAGGAGCUCUACGUUGAUAUUGUUGAUGACAACGUCUGGGAGCCGGACGAGUUCUUCUACGUCAAGCUGUUCCACCCGACACCAGGUAGCACUGUGGAGGACGUAGAGAUAGGCAAGGUAGCCACCAACAAGGUCACAAUCAUUAAUGAUGAUGAGCCAGGUAAAUUGGAGUUUAGCAAGCCAAUUUAUAUCGUCAAGGAAAGCGCCUUGAAUGCCAGUUUGAUGAUCAACAGGGUCAACGGAGCAGACGGCGAGGUUCAGGUCACCUGGACAACGACUGACAUCACCGCUAGGUCGGAAAUGGACUACGCUGGCGGUGAAGGCAAAGUGCUUUUCACACACGGAGAAACCAGCAGCACCAUCUCAAUCGACAUUUACAGCAACAAGACCAAACAAGAUGAACUAAGUUUUCAGGUUGAGCUGUCCAACCCAACAGGUGGCGCUGACCUAGGAAAGAUUACAAAAGCGGUGGUCACGUUGAUAAAUGAUGAAGAGUUCGACCGAAUGGUAGCUCGUAUCGCCAGUAAAACUCAAAAGAAUCUGGACAGUCUGAAGUUAGACACCAGCACCUGGGGGGAGCAGUUCCAGUCUGCCAUGAACGUCAACGGAGGAAACCUGGAAGCUGCCAACUAUGUUGACUACAUUUUACAUUUUGUAACCUUUUUCUGGAAGGUUCUGUUUGCUUGUUUACCUCCACCCUCAGUGGGAGGGGGCUGGCCCACGUUUUUAUCUUCUCUAGCUGUGAUUGCACUACUGACCGCUAUAGUCAGCGACAUGGCCAAAAUAUUUGGUUGCCUGGUUGGCCUAUCCGAUUACAUCACAGCCAUUACUUUUGUUGCUCUUGGAACUAGCAUGCCCGAUGCCUUCGCCUCCAGGUGCGCGGCCAUCAACGAAAAAUGGGCCGACUCAUCCAUUGGGAACAUCAACGGAAGUAAUAGUGUGAAUGUCUUCCUUGGGCUGGGCCUUCCCUGGCUGUUGGCGUCUGUAUACUGGAACCUCCAGGGAAAAGACUUUUAUCAUCCUUCUGGAACAGUCGGACUAAGUGUGACACUCUUCACCAUCUGCGCCACUUUAGUACUUCUUGUACUAGUCGUUAGAAGACGCAUGGCCAGAUUUCAUUUCGCGGAGCUGGGCGGUCCAAAACUAGAAAAAUAUUUGACUGGAGUUGUGCCAUUGGGCAUAUGGGUCAUCUACGUGUUGCUCUCGUCUCUCCAGGCCCAGGGAGUUUAUACUGCGUUCUAGCCAGUCAGAGAAAUCUGGCUACAAAGUAUGCAGGUGUAACAAGUACAUAUAUAUUGUAAAUAUUAACAGAGUCGAACCAAAACUGAAGCUUCCAUUUUGAGGAUUCGCAAUUCUGAGGAUUAUUUUGGAUAUCUAUCUAGGUUUAACAAAGAUAGGUACACUCCAUCUCCUGGAAGGAACUAUAGUGAAAUGCUGUGAAUGUAAUAAUCAACUUAAUGUGUAUAAGACUUUCAUUCUGAUAGUGAGUGGCUGGGAAGACUAUUGAUAAGCUCAUGCAAACCAUGGGAAAAUUGUAAAUCUUUCAUUAACAAUCACGCUGACCUUUAACCUAUACGUGAUUGAUUGUUUGAUAAGCUGAAUGCAAGUAAAACCUGGAUAUGAUCUACGCCCACAGGGACAUAAAACACGUAGGCUUAAGUUGAAUGUACCUAACUGUAUGCAGUGUAUGUUGUGUUAGUUUAUGUUGAGUGCGUAGACAUCGGAACUUGGAGACUGACUAAGAAAUGUCAACUUGAUUUUCGUCAGUGGUCAUCCAAAACCAAUCUGUUGGACGUUUGGGAACAGAACCAAACAAAUACUCUUUCUAAAAGAAAUAUUUAUUAUUGAUAAUUUAACAUUUGAUAGAAGCCUUUAUUCAAAAGUACAAAUUUAUGAAAUACAGGCUCAGCUGUAGCUUAGUAUAUCUAUCUAUCUACAUAAAAGCUUCUUCUCUCGUGGUAAUUACAACAAUCACAUAUCCUAUGAACUCAAAGAUCACUGCAUUAAAAAAAAAAGCACAUUACAUAAUGUAGAACACUAGAUCCGCAUUAUACCAAUUACCUCGCUAUAGGACCUUGACCCAUCUAUUUACCUAUGACUCAGCUGUUAAAAACUGACUCAGUAAAGAGUUAAUAAGCAAUUUCUUGUUGAAACAGGAGCCACAACAUUUGUUUUAUUUGAAAGGGACGUACCGCAAGAAAACUGGGGCUACGUCUUUCAUUCAAAGUUGGCAUUACAUUUUUUCUAUUAGGAGUUAUUGAUGUUGGUUCGUAGCUUUGUCAGAGAAGUAUUAAAGAUACUUGUUUUGCAAAUUUGUCAUGAUCUGAUGACACUGUAAUAUGAGAAGCAAACUAAAUGUUUUAGUGAAAAAGUUGCAGGAGUAAAAAAAGUUAUUAGUUUAGUACACGCAGACUGUGCUAUCUCACAAGAAGCUGUGUCUUCUGGGCCUUUAAAACCAUUUCAAAUAUUACAAAAAAAAUAAAUAAAACAAAACAUGAAUGUUGAAAGAUUAACACCCAAAGAAACAAAAGAACAUACAAAUACAACUUUUAAAACAUUUGAUUACUAAUUACUACUAUUUAUUUCUGAAUCGCUGAUCUCCCUUGGAUGACAUAUUCUCUGUGACAUCUUCGAGCUAUACGAAGUCGGGAUGAAGUUUUUACAAAUAUGGCGACAGUUUCGUUUGAGCCCAUUCAUAGUUGCAUCUCUGAGUAUUCAAAUUAUUGACACACAAGAUGGAUAAUUAGUGCCGUAAAGAAGAGGAAAAAAUAAUAGACAUGGAAAUAGUUAGAGUUUAGAGAGGGCAUACUGAAACUAUAAGAAGUUUAUUAGCUACAGUUUAAACAUUCUGGUUAUAGUACGUUAAUUCUUUAACAAUAUUGUUGUUUAGCUUAUUUUUAUUAUUAUUAUUUAAAAUCCAAUCUAUUGGUUCAUUUAAAUUUGAGAUCAUUUAACAGCUGAAAAUGUAAAAGUAAUAGUGAUGUCAAAAUGAAACGCAUUUAAUCAGAAUUAAUCUUACAUUCGACUAUGACAUAUCAAUGUGACGCAUGCUCAGUAUUGACCACAGUGUAGAUCUAUCUAUGUUGGCAUCAGAGGCGGACUUAAUGCCCGGUGGGCCGGUGCCCAACUGUGCCGGUGGGGCUACCAAAUGGGCCAUACUAAAUGUCAGUGUCCCGUAAACGUGAUUUGACUCGCCUUAACAUUCCUAAAAUAUGUUUACAGAUUUAACUGUGUACUAUUAGCCACAUAUUUCAAAAUCAUUGAAUCGCUUAAACACGUACACCGUGCCUCUGUGAGUUUCAAAUAUCUUAAAACACAAAGAGAUUAACUAACAACAUAAGACUUAUAUUUUCUUUUUAUAGUCCUUAGAGGUUGUAAUAACAAAUAAGUAGAAAGCUCUGCCAGGAGAUGCAGUCAAAUGACUGAUUUUCUCGCCAGUUUGGCACAGACACUUCAGAAACGUUGCUGAGUCUCAUAACUUUCACAAAGGAACAUUUACAACUUCAUUUUUUGGGGGAGAUCAUGCAACGUUAGAGGCAACAACUCGCAUCCACAAAGAUUCAGAUGUAAACAUGUAAAAAAUACAAUAGGUUAUAGAACCCUACGUUUGCUUAUAUACAAUCAAUUUAUGGGACCAAUCGUUUGGCAAGGCCGCUUUUGACACAUGAGUAUACCCGUGCUGUUCACUAGCUAUAUUUAUGUUUUUUUCUCAUUUUAAUUUUAAAUAUGUAUGUAAUAAAUACAGUAAAUCCCUAUAUCCAUAAAAUGUAUUCUUUUUUUAAAUAUUAUAUUGUCAACCUUCAAAAGUUGUUCCAAACAAUUCAUAACAAAAAUCUUAUGUAAACAAUUUUUUUAUUCACAAUAAAAC